AUGGCACAAUUACAACCACUCGAGCCUACAUUAGCUCAACUCCCACAUUUAUCCAAUGAAAACCUGAUACAAGAAAAGAAUCGACUACAGAACUCAAUUUUUCAUUUACAACGAUCAAAUCGAGAAAUGAUUCCGUUUUCCAGGGAAGACCCUGACUUGCUAUUAGCAAUUCAGGAGAACGUUGAUAAUGAUCUAUUGUCGACAUCGAGUUCAAUGCCAUUCCCGUACACAAAUAAUGAUAUACGGGAUACUUUGGUAGAAGUCAAUCGCGACGAUGGUACUACAACGUCAUCAACAACAAUGUCGAUUCCUUCUACCAUUGCCACUAUUAAUACUUCAUUGAGUCGACAAGAAACACUGGAUCUUAGGGAAUUAGAGAUGUUUGAAUCAACGGAAGAUGUCAAUCCUAUGAAUAACUUAACAGAAAGUUCGUUUCGAUUGGUCAACGGCAUCCCCAAUUCAAAUGUUUCUUCUAAUGUGCCUCAUUCUUUUACAAAUGGUACUUUGGAUCCCUUACAAGGAUCAUCUUCUUUUAUUGCUUCUCGUAAUCUUCCUAAUGGAAUCGAUCAUGAGGAAGAAGAAACUGAUGAUGAUGGCGUUUUAAAUACCGAUACUUUCUUGUUUGCGCUCGGGACAAUGCUAUAUAUAAUUGGUCUUGGAUUAGCUGACGAGACAGAUAUAACACUUAAAGGUCUUGAAGCUAUAAAAUCGUGUGAACGCGUGUAUCUUGAGGCUUAUACUAGCAUUCUUUUGGUUUCUAAAGAGAAAUUGGAAGCUUUUUAUGGACGAAAUUUGAUUUUGGCGGACCGAGAAUUGGUAGAAACACAAAGCAACGAAAUUCUGGCGGGUGCCAAUACCGUAAAUGUCGCAUUUUUGGUAGUUGGGGAUCCUUUUGGAGCAACAACACACACAGAUCUUGUACUUCGUGCUCGAGAACUUAACAUCCCGGUGACCACCAUCCACAACGCCUCGAUAAUGAACUCGGUCGGUGCAUGUGGACUGCAAUUAUACAAUUUCGGACAGACGAUUUCAAUUCCAUUUUUCACGGAUUCAUGGCGUCCCGAUAGUUUUUAUGACCGAAUAAAGGAGAAUCGAAGCUUGGGUCUACAUACGCUUUGUUUAUUAGCAGAUAUUAAAGUCAAAGAGCAAAGUAUAGAAAAUCUGGCAAGAGGUCGUAAGGUAUAUGAGCCUCCAAAAUAUAUGACGAUCAAUCAAGCAAUCGAACAAUUAUUAGAAAUCGAAGAAAAUCGAAAAGAGAAUGCAUAUACCAAAGACACGCUAGCAUUAGGAAUCGCACGUCUUGGCUCAUCAACUCACCAAGUAAUAAAGGCAGGACCCCUCGACCGAUUACUCAAUGAAGAUUUCGGACCACCGCUACAUUCAUUGGUAAUUGUUGGUAGUAGGAUGCAUGUACUCGAGGCCGAUUAUAUGCGAUAUUUUGCAAUAGUGGUCCAAGAGUUUGAUGAAAUUGUGAAGCGUGAUUUUAUCAAGAGUUGA